AGAUAUAAGAUUAUUGUUUGUUGAAGGCUUCGUACCGCAUCCUAUAUUUGAUGUAAUCGACUUUAUAUAUCAGUACAUCUUAGAAGAAUGUUCGGAAACUAGCUCUUUUGAUCUUAACAAAUCACCUUAUGAAAUCUCUGAAAUGAAAUUUAAGAAUUUGAUAAAAUUUCAAAUGGACGCAUCAAUAAGAGUAGACGAUUUUUUUCAAAAUAAUAAGUUUAUGUCAAAUUGUCUAAUAGGUGAUACGAAAAAAAUUAAAAUUGCGGAAUUACCUAAUAAUUUAGAGUCUGUAAGAAAAGAAAUACUUAAUAAGUUUUUCAACGAAAUUAUAGAAGUUUGGUACAAAAACCUAGGAUUUGAAGAAUUUAUCAAACCUAAAACAGCAGGAUUCAUACCUCCAAUACCUCCAAAUACAAAUCAAAAUGAUGGAAUUGAAGCUCUUAAUAUUAUUCGUAAGGAAUCUGGUUGGAAAAAAAUGAACCACAUUAGUAUAGUUUAUUUUGGUAAACAUCUCAGUGUAGAUCAUAUAAUAAAUGAUGAAGUUAGUAACAUAAAUUUUCAAAUAAAAAAGGAUCACGUAUCACAAUUAAUAAGAUGUAGAUUUACAGAAAUAAUGAAAAACUAUCGUACAUUAUUUUCUGCAAUGUUUUAUAUAUGCGAUAAAGAUGCAUAUGACAACUACCAUAAGUGUUUAAUUGAAUUAUUUAGCUCAUUCGUUAAAUCAAAACAAAUGCUUGAAUAUUUGUAUGAAGCUUUAGUUACUUUAAAUAGAUCAUCAAUAUGGAGUGUUAAUUAUUUUUCUAAAUCAAAUUUACAGAGAGUUUUUGAUUGGGUUACAGGAUUUCUCAAUUUGUUGGAGAAUAAUGAUUUUUCUCUAAAAAAUAUUGAUCAUAAUGAAAUCAAAGCGGUUGAACAACUUCUAGUCAUUUUUAAAAACAUUUUUCAUUCCUUUAACACUCAGAUAUCGAGUGAUAUGAAAAUAUAUGAUACCCUGUGCCAUAAAGUUGACAAAUUUAAAAAUGUUCAAUAUUAUGUAAACUAUUUUAGGAAUCCAGAAAAUAUAUUAAUUAAUUCAUAUCCUGAGAAUUCAAUGCAAAUUAUGCUUUACGCAUGUAAUUUUUUUGACAGUUUUUGUGAAAAUGUUAGCAAAUCUUGUUAUGAAGAUCUGGGUUUUGAAAAACUUUCACACUGUAAAAACAAAGAAUUAGACAGAAAACUUCUUUAGCUCAUUUCUAAUUCACUAGGAUCACAACUUCAUAUUGAUCGUUCACUUGACGAUUGUUUUGCUUCCGGACAUAAAUAUAUUGUUUCCAGAAUAUUUUAUUAAGGUACAAUUAAUACUGUGAAAUUUUAUUGAGCAAUAUAAUCUUCAGUAAUUA